UUACCAGACGGUUAUCAAAUUAUUCCACGAGCAAGUUUAAAGAUUAUUGUUUUCCCAAUUAAGAUUAAACAAAGACUAAAUCUUUAAGCAAGGAAUCGGUUCAAAGGCUGUGAAAAAUAAAUAUAUUCGUAGAAGCUUUGGCUGAGAAGGUUUUAUUCUUAUAGAUAAAUUUUAAUGGCCAACAAGUCUAAACCUAAGCCUAAACCAAGCCAGCUCUCGGUUUAUCUUUACAUUCCCAAUAUUAUUGGUUAUAUAAGAAUUCUCUUGAAUUGCUAUGCUUUUGCUAUAUGCUUUUCCAGCAAAAGACUUUUUUCUGCUCUCUAUUUUCUAAGCUUUGUUUGUGAUGCUGUGGAUGGUUGGUGUGCUCGCAAAUUCAACCAAGCUUCGACAUUUGGAGCUGUUCUGGACAUGGUAACAGAUAGGAUUAGCACCGCUUGUCUACUGGUUAUACUUUCUCAAGUGUAUAGGCCUAGCUUGGUUUUCUUGUCUUUGCUAGCCCUAGAUAUUGCUAGCCACUGGCUGCAGAUGUACAGUUCAUUUCUAGUGGGUAAGGCUAGUCAUAAAGAUGUGAAAGACAGCUCCAAUUGGCUUUUCAAGCUCUACUAUGGAAACAGGAUGUUUAUGGGUUAUUGUUGUGUGGCUUGCGAGGUUCUUUACAUAGCCUUAUUUCUUAUUUCGAAGAACCAUACUGAAGAUUUGAUGGAUGUUGUAGUGACUACCUUGAAAGAGAGGUCACCUCUUUCUAUUCUUGUUGGUAUAAGCUUAUUUGGAUGUUCAAUCAAGCAGGUCAUCAAUAUUAUUCAGAUGAAGACAGCAGCAGACGCAUGUGUGCUUUACGACACUGAAAAAAAGCAGAAGCCAUAACCAAUUUGAGUUUCCAAGAGCAGAGUUUUGUUUCUAGCAUCGAGUGCAUAUAUCCGUGACAUUAAUGUAUAGAUGUUGACACUGAUGACUCGCAUUCCAAAUAAAUAUUUGUUCAGGGUGAGAAGGCAUCCUUGACUUUUUCUGUUUCUUAUGGGUUGAGACUUG